AUGGUCCACUACAGGUUCAAGCGACUACCGUUUGGAACAAAAGCUUCACCCAGCAUUCUGAACAUGUCGCUGGCAGCUUUUCUUACCACAACGGGAACAGUCCUGUCCAAAGAGAUUCUAGAUAACAUCUACGUCGAUAACGUCUUCCUAGCAGCAAAUACCGAAGAAGACGCACUGGAGAAAAUUGAAAACUCCAGAAAGCUCUUCCGCAAUAUUGGAAUGAACUUGAGAGACUUCACCAGCAACUCAGAAUAUGUUAAUAAACAUAUUCCUGAUGUGGUCAAAGGUAAGACUGGCAACACAAAAUUGCUUGGGGUAGCUUACAACACUGAAAGCGAUGAGCUCCUCCUUGAUGUAAGGCUAUCUCAAAAGCAACAGAUGACCAAAAGAGAACUUGUGAGUGCAGUCCACAAAAUAUACGAUCCUCUCGGCCUGGCACUACCCUUGACCCUCAAAGCAAAACUGCUGAUGAGAGAGGUAGUUAUGCUGAAAAUAGCUUGGGGAAAACCUCUUAGCACGGAAUACAUUAACAGGUGGAAUGAAAUUUGCACGGAAAUUUCCGGUACUUCUAUCAGAGUGCCGCGCAAUAUCGGCCUGACACUUCAUGACGGAAAAGGUUCAACACUAUGGGUAUUCGGUGAUGCAAGUCAGCUGGCAAUAUCCUGCUGCAGCUACUCCGAAAAUAAUCCUGCUGAUCUCGCGACUCGACCUGUUAGUAAAACACAAUUCAAGGCUAGUGAUUGGCUCUCUGGUCCUCAUUGGUUUAAAUUACAACCAAAUGAUUGGCCAAUUGACUCAUCAUGGGAGCCGAAUUCAAGCGACCAAAUAAGCGCUGCGACAACAUGCGCACCCACGCUUCAUAAAGAAGCUUGCGUCAUGUUACGCUACCGAAACCACACAGUAGGCAAACUCAAAUUCACCUUCCAGAGAGCACGCCAGAUUUGCAACAAACAGACGCUGUUCUAUACAAGGGACACUGCAGCGAAAGUGUUCUACGAAAAACGCUGCCCCUUCAUGGGUUCAUGUCUCGGUAACAAGUGUAGAACCUUGCAGCAGGAUGAAAGUAUUCCGGAACUAUAUGACGCCGAAAAAUUCCCUGGCUAUUCCAUGUGCAGUUCCACCUGCGCAGGUCUGGCUUGUGGUUGCCUAACACCAUUUCCAGGCUGCCUAUUCUAUAGAGUUGCGCAAGUACCGAAGAAUGAGGCAAUAUACCACAUAUUCAAGUGCGCCUCGUGGAAUCCUGAAAUCCACAUUUCGCUCGAAACAACCUUCACUGGAACCACAACGAGCAAUCCCUUGCAGUUACACCCAUACGUGUCAAAAAUGAUAGAUGGAUGGGACAUCAAGGUAACAUCACUGCAACAUAUCAUACAUGCCGCUCUAAGUAAGCGCUUCGCAGAAUCCGCAGCGGGAUUCAAAAUGCUAGGCGAUGCAUUCAAAAUCGCCGUCGAAUGUCCAGAUGAGAACACUGCUAGAAAACACUUCGCCAAUUGUUCAAAUGAGGUGGUUUGCUCGUGUAGUCACACAAUGGCGGCCGCACAAUGCGUCUGCCCUCAAAACAGUUUUCAGGAACCGCAGAACUCCACCACCAACUUGCCAGCCAUAGAGCCUCACCUAAACAUUACUGCUUCGGAAACAGUGAUGAUUGACACAGACGAUACCGAGGUAACAUUACUCGUUACGUCAAAAAACCAAUUCCAAAUGGCACAGGUGGUGGUAGAUCCUCCCUGCUCCAUGCAUGCAACAAGCAUAACAGGGUGCUACGACUGCUCGGAAGGAGCAAAAGCCACAGUGUACUGUCGCUCAGAUUCAUCCAGCGAUAUAACCCUGGAAUGCACAGACCAAACAUUCCUUAUCGGCUGCUCGAAGCAGACAAAGCCAAAUGUCCUAAAGCUUCAAUACGAUCAUGCUGAUGUAAAAGACAUUUGUUCAUUUCGAUGUGGAGGGAAAACCUCCAAAAUCGACUUAUCUGGUACUCUUUUUUAUCACACACCCACGUUAGAUCACGAAAUAUUUGAAGGUGAUACAAAAAGAACAGCCAGUAAUGGAAAUUGGUGGAAUAAUCUCGCAAUUCCAGACAUCAGUCCUCUUCUUGGCACGAUAACUAAGCACUGGAAAAUAACGGCUGCGGUUAUCGGCGGUUUUACAGUAAUCGGACUACUUGUAUACUUCCUUGGACCUACAGUAAUAAUCGCCAUAAUCCGUAUACUCACCGCCAUCAUCCUUGCACUCCUACGAACCUUCUUCGAGUGCGUCACCAAUCUUCUCUCCCUCUUGCGUCGAUAUCGCAACGAAUAA